UUUUUUUAUUCGGUAUAAGUUGUUUAGGUGACGUCACACGCUAGAUUUUAUUUUUGUUGCGUUUCAUUUUAGCCCGCCAAUUCACAUAUUUGUUAUGUUAUUUAUAGCAUAAUAUAAAGAAACAAAAGAGCAAAAUAGAAAAUUAACUAAGACGUUAUUAAAAAUGUAUUUUUAUAAAAUUUCUAAUGCAAAGAAUUUGUGACGCUGCCGCCGCGUGUGAGUGACUGGUUUAGCGUACGAAAUUUUCUAUUCUGAAGAGGAUUUAAGGUUAUGAAUGUGGCGAUAUUAUAGGAAUCAUUGCAAUAAAACGUUUAUGUUUUGAUAACAAGUUUAGAAACUGAUAUUGUUAUAAACAUUAAGGAAGUUUUUUACUACCAAGUGGAAGGUGACCUAAUUUAUGUGUGUGGAAAAAGUUAAUUGUUAAAAUGAAUAUAUUUUUUGUGUUAUUAUUAAUACUUGCGGUGCGACUAGCUUCAGUUUUUGUUGUAAAAACGUUUUAUGUGCCAGAUGAAUACUGGCAAAGCUUGGAAGUAGCACAUAAGCUAGCCUUUGGUUACGGUUAUAUAACAUGGGAGUGGGUACAAGGUAUACGCAGCUAUAUAUACCCACUUUUAAUUGCUGGUGUUUAUAAAGCUUUAGCACUAUUAAAUCUUGACAGUGCUUACUUAUUGGCAAUAUUACCACGUAUUUUGCAAGCGCUACUAACAACCUAUUCCGACUAUCGGUUUUACGUUUGGACUGGUAAAAGAAAGUGGGCAUUGUUUCUUAUUGUGGUGCCAUGGUUUUGGUUUUAUACUGGAUCGCGCACUUUGACAAACACUUUGGAAGCAUCUUUAACCACAAUAGCUUUGAGCUAUUUCCCAUGGACAGGAGAAAGUAGUUUAUAUUUAUGGCCAGCAGCACUUUGUUGUUAUCUUAGGCCAACUGCAGCCAUUAUAUGGCUACCGCUAUCCAUCUAUCACCUCCGCAAAACAAAACAAUCUUUAAUUGGAUUGUUAUUUAAAAAGUUUUUGGUAAUUGGAGUUUUGGUUGCUGCUCUAGGUAUUGGAGUCGAUACUUAUCUACAUGGAAAAUUAAUAAUUACUCCAUAUGAAUUUCUUAAAUAUAAUGUAUUUCAUAAUAUUGGAAGUUUCUAUGGCUCACAUCCUUGGCAUUGGUAUUUCACUAUUGGCUUACCUAGCGUUCUGGGUAUCAUUACUCUACCAUUCUUGUUUGCUGUCAUUGAAACAGUACGUCGGAGUGAAACUUAUCCUGUACGGAAAAAUCUGCUAUUAACUAUUGCAAUUUCGCUAGUCGCCUUCAGUUUUAUCGAACAUAAGGAAUUCCGAUUUGUUACUUCUCUUCUGCCAUUGUGUUUGUACAUAACUGCUGAUACUUUGACGCGUUGGAGUUAUAAUGCUUCGAGAAAAAUGCUGUGGUUUAUAGCACUUUUAAUUGUUUUUGGAAAUGCGAUACCAGCUUGGUACUUAAGUACUAUACACCAAAAGGGACCAAUUGAAGUGAUGUCUAAGUUACAAGAAGUUGCGGCUGAUUACCGCGAUGAAAAUAACCAUCGUGCAAAUAUACUAUUCCUUAUGCCUUGUCACUCAACACCUUUUUAUAGUCACAUACAUCAAAAUGUUACGAUGCGCUUCCUGACUUGUGAGCCGAAUUUGAAAGAUGAAAAGAAUUACAAAGAUGAAGCAGAUCAAUUUUAUGAGUCGCCUGUUCAUUGGUUACGUUCACAUAUACCAUCAUAUCCACGUACUGCAAUGCCUACGCAUGUAGUGCUCUAUGAACCGUUAGCAGGCAAAGUUAAUGAGUUUUUGCUGAAUUAUAAAGAAUUGUAUCGGAUUAUUAAUGCGGAGGUAAACGAUAACGUACCCACCCCAUUGAUUCCCAACAACUGGUCAAUACUUAUUAAAGAAAAACAGCUUAACGUUGAUUCUCUUUUACAGUAUGUACAGGCUAGAACUGGUAAGAAUAUAUUAGUUUAUCAACGAUUGCGUUCGGGCGAAGAAAAUACAUUUAAUCGUGACGAGUUUAGAGCAAACCCCAAUAAAGAAACCAUUGCAAGCAAUAUUGAAGAGGCAAAUGAUAAUGGCAAUGACAAUGACAAUGAUUUUGAUGAUGAUAAUAUGUUUAACUAAGUAAAGUAUCAAAUGUAGAAGUACAAACAAUUUAAUUGACAAGAGUCUUUAUAUCAUCAAUAUAUAGACACGCAAUAACACGAUGCAUUUAAAAUGCAUAAUUCAUAUUUAUGCCAGUGAGUAUAAAACCAUAUUGAUAAUUGCUACAGCCGAGAAAGUGCUUAAGUUUUAGAACGACUUGCUGGUUGUUUUAAAACAGUAAAAAUAAUAGACUUUUAAGAUAUUUUUUUAAUAAAUUAUUUUAAAUAGAUUAGACAAAAUUAAAUUUUAACAAAAACUUUUAUAGUGGUUUUGUGCUAAAACAACUGCCACAAUAAAUGAAAAACACAAUUAAAUAUUUCCCUCAGGUGCCAGAAUGACAUUAAAAUUUUUUGGAAUAUAGUAUCACAGUAUCUGUGUUGAAAACGCAGAGGAUUAAAUGCUGUAAUGUAAUAUCCUUUUUUUAUAUAAAUUCAAAAUUAAUCACUUAAUAUGAAAUAUGUAGAAAAGCAUUACUUUUCUGUGUUUAAACCAGGGUUUCUUAACCGCCGGUCCGCUCCAUAUGCACCAACCGUCCGUAAAGUAUUGCAUUUCCACCUUUAAUAUUAUUAUAUUUUGGGAAGAUAUUGGCACUGGUCUUUG